AUGGGAGGCGGAGAUCCGUCGUUGUCGGAUAUGGAGGAAGAGGAGGAGGAAAACGGUGUGAAAGUCAACGAUUCACCUGACAUUCUCUCGCAAUUUCGACUUCACGAUGCUCCUAUACUUUUGUUUGUUUGUUUUCAUAAAGCGCUGCGUUCUGAACUCGAUCAGCUUCGUGUGUUUGCUGAAACGGCGUCGUUGGAAGAUGAUCCGGAUCGUUGCCGAGAAAUAAUUGUUAUGCUUCAGCAGAGGUUUCAGUUUGUUAGAUUAGCUCUUAAGUAUCAUUGCGCUGCAGAAGAUGAGAUUAUCUUCCAUGCACUGGAUGCGCAUGUAAAAAAUGUUGUAUGUACAUAUUCCCUUGAACAUAACAGCACCGACGGGCUGUUUGAUUCUAUCUUACACUUCUUGGAUGAGCUGAGGGCCUCUAGUGAGAAUAUUUCCAAGCUGUUCCGAGAACUUGUGUACUGCAUUGAUAUCUUGCAAACCUGCAUCUACCAACAUAUGCUGAAAGAAGAAGAGCAGGUUUUUCCUCUGUUGAUCCAAAAUUUGUCUACUAAAGAACAAGCCUCUCUUGUGUGGCAAUUCAUAUGUAGUGUUCCUAUAAUGUUGCUGGAGGAAGUUUUGCCAUGGAUGGUAUCCUUCCUUUCAGCAGAUAAACAAGCAGAAGUUACUCAGUGUUUUAAUGAAAUUGCACCAAUGGAAAGAGCACUGCAAGAGGUUUUGGUUUCUUGGCUUGAAAGCAACAAACAAACCUUCUCUGGGGUAUAUUUUCACGGUGAGGAGCUUCAAGGUUCUCAUGGAUCCCGACAUAUAGAAAAGUCUUUUGGGCAGAGUUCUUGCAAUAGUAACUACAAAGAUGUUUCAAGUCAGAUGAAAGUGAAUGAUAAAGAAACAGAAGAUGAGGUCAACCAGGUUAAGGUUCUCCAUCUUUGGCAUAAUGCCAUAAGGAAAGAUUUGAAAGAAAUUCAGCAAGAGCUUUAUCUAAUAAGAAAUUCCGGCUGUUCUCAAAAUUUAGACUCAAUACUUAUCCAGCUAAAGUUCUUGGCUGAUGUCCUCAUCUUCUACAGCAAUGCUCUGAAAAAAUUCUUUCAUCCUAUACUGAACAAACUGGCCCAUGGCCGAUUUUCCAUGUCUACUGGACAUUUACUUGGAGAAAGUCACAUUGAGGAUAUACAACAGUUGCUACUUUAUAACUCAGAAAGUGAAAUGCCUUUGACCAAAUUUGUAGAGAAGCUUUGCGGAAAACUUGAAUUAUUUAUAUCAGCAGUCAACAAACAAUUUUCUUUUCAAGAAAUUGAGGUGUUUCCUAUCUUUAGAAAGAACUGCAGAAAUGGAAUGCAAGUGAGACUUCUAAGCUUGAGCAUGCAUAUGAUGCCACUUGGGUUACUAAAAUGCGUUAUAACUUGGUUCUCAGUUCACUUGUCUGAAAAAGAAUCCAGGUCCAUUCUCUAUUGCAUAAAGGAAGGAAAUAAUUCUGUCAGUAAAGCUUUUGCUCCAUUGUUACAUGAAUGGUUCCGCAUUGGUUAUUCAGGUAAAACCUCAAUUGAGAAGUUUCGACAGGAUUUGCAGUAUAUGUUCAAAAGAAGACACUCUUUUUCAUCUGAGAAAAUGAAGGAAACUUGUGGGUUUUCAUUCUUAAGUUCUGAGAAGCAGCCACAUAAAAGUUGUGGCAAGAAUUGUCUGUCCCAUUCAUCAUCUUCUGGAGCCAAAAAUGUGAACAAAUAUGAGACACCAUACUCCACAGGAAUUAAUUUGCACAUAUUUUUCCCUGACACUGCUAUGAAGUUAAAUCAGCAUCCAAGAUUUCAUGCAGCAAAUCUGUCUUCUGUUUCCUUUCUUAAUGAUCCAAAACCAAUAGACCUGAUAUUUUUCUUUCACAAGGCUAUUAAGAAAGAUUUGGAUUACCUAGUUCUUGGCUCAGCUCAGUUAGAGGGACAUGACGAGUUUAUAGAUUUCCAAAAACGGUUCCAUCUCAUAUGCUUUCUACAUCAAAUCCAUAGUGAUGCAGAGGAUGAGAUAGUUUUUCCUGCCUUGGAGGCAAUAGGUCAGCUCAAAAACAUUAGCCUUGCCUACACCUUUGAUCACAAACAUGAAGUUGAGCACUUUGGUAAAAUAUCUCGCAUUCUUGACAGGCUGUCUGAAUUACAUCCUUCGGUUUCUACUACUGAUUCAAAGAUAAGAGUCAAGAGGAUGCUAAGGCGUGAUCAUUUAAUCAAGAAGCUGCAAGAAAUGUGCAAAUCAAUGCAUAAGUUACUUUCUGAUCAUAUAAACCGUGAGGAAAUAGAAAUUUGGCCUAUAAUUAGAGAGUUCUUCUCAAACCGAGAGCAAGGGAAGAUCAUAGGAUGCAUGCUUGGAAGAAUAAGUGCAGAAAUCUUACAAGAUAUGAUACCUUGGCUGAUGGCAUCUUUAACACAGGAAGAGCAGCAUGUUUUAAUGUUCUUAUGGUCCAUGGCUACUAAGAAUACAAUGUUUGACGAGUGGUUAAGUGAAUGGUGGAAUGGGUACAGUUUAGCUAAGGCAGCAGAUGGAUCAAAUGACGCCCCUCUACAAAAUGUUGAUCCACUAGAUAUUAUAUCCAAAUAUUUGUCUGAAGAAGUUCUUAAUGAAUUACAAGAAGAACCGUCGGCCAACGAAAACAUAAACUUUUGGCAGAAGGAUCUUAUUGGCAAUAGUUUUGAGCUCUCCAACUCCAAUGUUGAUGACAAGGUUAAGGUUAAUAAUGCAGCACAAAAUUAUAGUCAAUGUUCAAAAUGCACAAAUCAAUUUCAUGAUAUUAAGAAACAUACCUGCAAUGAAGUAAAACCAAUGGGCAUUUUGACAAGUAGGUCUUUUCAACAUUUUGAUUUGGACAAGUCUGAGCAUUAUGACCGACUUCUGAAAUUGAGUCAAGAUGAUCUGGAGAGGGUAAUAAGAAGGGUGUCUCGUGACUCUUGCCUAGAUCCUCAGAAGAAGUCAUACAUAAUACAAAGUCUACUUACGAGCCGUUGGAUUAUUAGUCAGAAGAUUUCUUCUAUGGAAGUCAAUAUCAAAAGCGAUGGGCUGGAAUUCCCUGGGAAACAUCCAUCAUACAAGGACCCUCUCAAACAAAUCUAUGGCUGCAAACACUACAAGAGAAACUGUAAGCUUUUUGCGCCCUGUUGCAAUGAACUUCAUGCUUGCAUACAUUGCCAUGACGAGGUAUCGGAUCAUUUAAUCGACAGAAAAUCUAUUACAAUGAUGAUGUGUAUGAAGUGCUUGGUGAUUCAACCAAUCAAUGCCACAUGCUCAUCAGUUUCUUGCCGUAAUUUUUCCAUGGCAAAAUAUUACUGCAGGAUCUGCAAAUUAUUUGAAGAUGAAAGGAAAAUUUACCACUGUCCCUUUUGUAACUUAUGUCGACUUGGAAAGGGUUUGGGUGUUGACUUUUUUCAUUGCAUGAAUUGCAAUGCUUGUAUGUCCCGUUCUCUUAUGAUACAUACAUGCAGAGAGAAAUCUUUAGAGGAAAACUGUCCGAUUUGUCAUGAAUAUAUCUUCACAUCCUGCUCUCCAGUGAAAGCCCUCCCAUGUGGUCAUGUGAUGCACUCAACAUGUUUUCAGGAAUAUACUUGCUUUAACUAUACCUGCCCAAUAUGUAGCAAGUCACUAGGAGACAUGCAGGUUUAUUUUAGGAUGCUAGAUGCAUUAUUGGCCGAGGAGAAAAUGUCUGACGAGUUUUCGGGUCAAACUCAGGUUAUUUUAUGUAAUGACUGUGAAAAAAAAGGAGCAGCUCCCUUCCACUGGCUUUACCAUAAAUGCAUUUCUUGUGGUUCCUACAACACCAGAGUUUUAUGA